AUGCAGUUCAGGACGAUUGCUAUGUUUGUCGGCACUGCCAUUGCCAUCGCCGCCCCUGCUGCCAUCGCUGCUCCUUCUCAGCGUGCUUGUGGUAACCACGAGACUGCUCCCGCUGCUAUCGAGCAGGCUCUUGGCCUCAAGGUCGCUGCUCUUCGCAGUGCCGAGCAGGCCGAGAAGCAGUCCAGCUCGGACAGCAACCGGGCCAGCUCUAAUGCCGCCUUCACCUCGGUCAGCAUUCCUGUUUACUGGCACGUCAUCACUGACGGUACCAACGGUAAGCUGACUUCUUCCCAGAUCAGCUCUUCGAUCCAGGCUCUUAACUCUGGUUACUCUGCCACCGGUCUUUCUUUCUACCUCGCUGGCAGCGAGACUACAACCAACUCCAACUGGUUCAACAACGUGAACCAAGGUACCUCCGCUGAGGCUACAAUGAAGAACACCCUCCGAAAGGGUGGUGCCAACGCUCUCAACAUCUACACUGUCAACUUUGCUGGUGGUUUGCUCGGCUAUGCCACCUUCCCUUGGAACUACAACUCUGCUCCCAAGAACGAUGGUAUCGCCCUUCAGUGGACUUCUUACCCCGGUGGGCCGAUCAGGAACUACAACCAGGGUAAGACCCUUGUGCACGAGGUCGGCCACUGGGCUGGUCUCUACCACGUCUUCCAGGGUGGCUGCUCUGGCCAGGGUGACUACGUCGAUGACACCCCUCCCCAGUCGACUGCUACCAAUGGAUGCCCCACUAACCAGGACUCCUGCUCUGGUGGCGGCUUAGAUAGCGUCACAAACUUCAUGGACUACUCCUACGACCGCUGCAUGGUCAAGUUCAGCUCUGGUCAAAUUGCUCGCUUGGCCGCCGCCAUGGACGCUUACCGUCUCUAA